CCCACUCCAGCCCCGCUCGCAGCAGGGGACAGAAGCCAUGGCCGAGGGAGAAGACAAACUGAGGUGCUGGUGACCGUGGGCGUCCAAGUGGAUUACUGGGGCUGUUCUCCAGAGGUCUGUCCGUCUUGCCUUCCAGUGGCACAUAUCCCCACAUGCCAGCCAAUGAAGACAAGAGGCAGCGUGAACAAAGUCAUUUAGAAAGCCCCUGAGGAAGUGUAAACAAAAGGGAAAGCAUGAAUGGAGUGCCCGAGAGACAAGUGUGUCCUGUCCUCCCCCACCUUUAGCUGGGCCAGCAACUGUGCGCCCUGCCUCUUCCCACCUACUCACUGCUGAUCUGACUUUUGGGUAUUUUUUUAAAUAUAUUUUUUUUCUUUUCUUUUCCAUUCUCUUUUCUUGUUCUCCCUCAGGGCAAGGUGAGGAUUUUGAUUUGGGGGCCCAGCCAUGGUCCUUCUGUGCCUUCUUUAAAAUACCCACUUUCUCCCCAUCGCCAAGCAGCGUUUGGCAAUAUCAGAUAUCCGCUCUAUUUAUUUUUACCUAAGGAAAAACUCCAGCUCCCUUCCCACUCCCAGCUGCCUUGCCACCCCUCCCAGCCCUCUGCUUGCCCUCCACCUGGCCUGCUGGGAGUCAGAGCCCAGCAAAACCUGUUUAGACACAUGGACAAGAAUCGCAGUGCUACAAGGCCCACAGUCCGCUUCUUCGUCCUCAGGGUUGCCAGCGCUUCCUGGAAGUCCUGAAGCUCUCGCAGUGCAGUGAGUUCAUGCACCCUCUUGCCAAGCCUCAGUCUUUGGGAUCUGGGGAAGCCGCCUGGUUUUCCUCCCUCUUUCUGCACGUCUGCUGGGGUCUCCUCCUUGCCAGGCCUCGCCGCCCCCCUGGCCUCUCUCCCCAGCUCGCACAUGAAGAUGCACUUGCAGAGGGCUCUGGUGGUCCUGGCCCUGCUGAACUUUGCCACGGUCAGCCUCUCUCUGUCCACUUGCACCACCUUGGACUUUGGCCACAUCAAGAAGAAAAGGGUGGAAGCCAUUAGGGGACAGAUCUUGAGCAAGCUCAGGCUCACCAGCCCCCCUGAGCCAUCGGUGAUGACCCACGUCCCCUACCAGGUCCUGGCCCUUUACAACAGCACCCGGGAGCUGCUGGAGGAGAUGCAGGGGGAGAGGGAGGAAGGCUGUACUCAGGAAAACACCGAGUCGGAAUACUAUGCUAAAGAGAUCCAUAAAUUCGACAUGAUCCAGGGGCUGGCGGAGCACAACGAGUUGGCCGUCUGCCCCAAAGGAAUUACCUCCAAGGUUUUCCGCUUCAACGUGUCCUCAGUGGAGAAAAAUGGAACCAAUCUUUUCCGGGCAGAAUUCCGGGUCUUGCGCGUGCCUAAUCCCAGCUCCAAGCGCACUGAGCAGAGGAUCGAACUCUUCCAGAUACUUCGACCAGAUGAGCACAUUGCCAAACAACGUUACAUCGGAGGCAAAAACCUGCCCACACGGGGCACUGCGGAGUGGCUGUCUUUUGAUGUCACGGACACUGUGCGCGAGUGGCUGUUGCGAAGAGAGUCCAACUUGGGUCUGGAGAUCAGCAUUCACUGUCCAUGCCACACCUUUCAGCCCAAUGGAGAUAUCCUGGAAAACAUUCACGAGGUGAUGGAAAUCAAAUUCAAAGGUGUGGACAAUGAGGAUGACCAUGGCCGUGGAGACCUGGGGCGCCUCAAGAAGCAGAAGGAUCACCACAACCCUCACCUGAUCCUCAUGAUGAUUCCCCCGCACCGGCUCGACAACCCAGGCCAGGGAGGCCAAAGGAAGAAGCGGGCCCUGGACACCAACUAUUGCUUCCGCAACUUGGAGGAGAACUGCUGUGUGCGGCCCCUCUACAUUGACUUCCGACAGGACCUGGGCUGGAAGUGGGUCCACGAACCUAAGGGCUACUAUGCCAACUUUUGCUCAGGCCCUUGUCCUUAUCUCCGAAGUGCAGACACGACCCACAGCACGGUGCUGGGGCUGUACAACACCCUGAACCCAGAAGCAUCGGCCUCACCUUGCUGUGUGCCCCAGGACUUGGAGCCCCUGACCAUUCUGUACUAUGUCGGGAGGACCCCCAAGGUGGAGCAGCUCUCCAACAUGGUGGUGAAGUCGUGUAAGUGUAGCUGAGGCCUGCGACAGAUGAGGGAGAGCUGCCCCUGCCCGACUGCCCGCGCCUCGGGAAACCAAAGUGACAGACCUCACCUAGAGGCCUGGCGUCCACAACCCUCGGCUCCUGGCAUUUGGCCAAGACGGAGGCUUCCUUCUGGAACAUUUCUUUCUUGCUGGCUCUGAGAAUCACUGUGGUAAAGAAAGUGUGGGGUGGUUAGGGGAAGGCGAACUCUUGGGGACACAGGUUUUCUGUGGUGCAGACAGAGGUGGUGGGGCUAGAGGAAGAGGAUGGCAAGUUGACAUGUCAUGUGGCAAUGGGACUUGGGUACAAUAGGGAGGAGGAAGGACAAAGGAUGGCUGGGUCAGGCUCAGACUGGAAGACGCUUCGGAUCUGAGGUCAGCUUUGCUCAUUGCUGUACCACAAUCGCUCUAGGGGAAUCUGGAUGGUGUCAUAUGAGGCAAGCACUUUCCUUCAGACAGGUCACCAAGACAGAGUCCCAGAAUUGCACCUGUACUACCUGGGAUUAAGGACAAUUUCUUUUUUAAUUGUCGUUUCCACAGUCAGCAUCAUGGGUCAUUCCAGGUAAUGUAAUAUGGUUCCUUGGCCAGCAACUGUAUUGGCCCCUGGAGAUGCUGAACUCAGAAGCAAAGGGUGGGAACUGACCCUUUCCUGUCUGCCCUCUGGGUCCCUCCUCUUGCCUUCAUCCUCAAUCACAUUUCCCCUUGGACAUUUGGUUGGACACCUUCCAGGCCAGGGUGCACAUAUCUGGAUUCUGGUUCUGUGCAGCCUCUGAGCAUGAGGGGUUCCUCUCCUCCAAGUUCUCGAGACCUUGUGUCCACCUGGUCUUCCUGGAAGCUGUUGCCACACGGGAGGCAUCUGGGGAGGCUGCACCACAUGUGCCAUGUGGUGACUUGGCCCAAGAUGAGUUGUCUGAGGUAUAAAGACAAGUACAAAUAUUACUCUCAAAAUCUUUGUAUGAAUAAAUAUUUUUGGGGAAUUGUGGAUGAUUUCAUCUUCUGGAAGAUUGUUUCUAGAACAGUAAAAGCCUUAUUCUGAGGUAUAUGUCUCACUCCAUUCAUAUCCUUAAUGACCAUU